AUGUAUGGAUGUCUCAUUGCUCAAUUAUGGUAUGAUAACAAGCAUGCUAUGUUGUUUCAGUACUUUGUAGGAGCUGGUGCAAUUGCUGUUAGACGUGUCCGUAAAGAGGAUUUACGCCAUGUUGCCAAGGCUACAGGAGCAACUGUGGUCUCAACAUUCGCUGAUAUGGAAGGUGAAGAAACAUUUGAUCCAUCACUUCUUGGACAUGCCGAUGAAGUGGUGGAAGAGCAUGUUGCUGAUGAUGACGUGAUCAUGAUAAAAGGGACCAAAACAACUAGUGCGGUUUCAUUGAUACUAAGAGGUGCAAAUGACUUUAUGCUGGAUGAGAUGGACAGGGCUUUGCACGAUGCAUUAUGCAUUGUGAAAAGGACACUGGAAUCCACUACAGUAAACACCUAAUUUGUUGACUAGCUUGUUUUAUAACUUAGUAUCUGCACUUCUGUGUUCUGAAUCUGAAAGACCUG